AGAGAACUCCUUUGUUUAAUUCUUUUCUAAGAGAGAACUAGAAAAGGGAAACGACGUCGUUGGCUCCCCUAGUCACCUAUUUUUUGGCCGCCUAUAGAAAUUCUUUUCUGAAAUUCAAAUUUUUUACUGAAUCGAUAUUAUUGCUUGGCAGUUACGAUUAAUUUCGUUGAAUUUUUAUUCGAGACGCAAGAAUCUUUGAUAUUUUGCGCCAUUUCAUCUUUUAGGAAAAGAGGGAUUUGCUGCAUAAUCUAAUCUUUGUUCAAUUUAGGCCAAUUUCUUUUAUUUCUUCUCCUUUCUUUGGCAAAACCCUUUUGGGUAUGGAAGCUAGAGGUUCCGAUAGCGGUGAGGGCGCACCGCUUAUGGGUAGCGCGGCGGCGGUGGGGGAUGAUCGUCCCGGAAUUCCACAAUUAUUUACCUCAGUGCCGUCUCUGAAUGAGGCGGCGUCGUAUCUCGCCGGAACCACGUCGAUUUUCACCCGCUGUUUCCCUGAUAUUUCAAUAGGCGCUGCGUCUGAAGAUCCUCAUGGACAUGAAAUGGUACAAUUUGGUUCAGAAGAGACCAGAUCUCUAUUAACUAAUAGAAAUGUGUCUUCAAGUGGAAGUGAUUUAUCUGCUUCCGAAUUUGAUGCUCCAAUAGUCCAUGGUGCAAUAACUAGGGGCCCAGCUGGACGGUCUUCUCAAAAUUCAAAUGCGAUCGUGCCAUUAAACACCAACAUAAACGGCAAUUCUAUUUUCCAGGGCCUCAUUGAAAAGGUUAGGAGGACAGUUCGUGGUUCUGCCGAUGAUAUUGGCUGGCUACAAAGGGAUCCAGACAUGCCACCGGUUGAAGAUGGAACAGAAAGAUUCACAGAAAUACUUGAUGAAAUACGACAUGGUGUGCACCGGUUGCCAAACACAAUGGUUUACUUGUUAAUCCCAGGUCUUUUCAGCAACCACGGACCUCUUUAUUUCGUGAACACGAAGACAAGUUUUUCGAAGAUGGGGCUCACUUGUCAUAUAGCCAAAAUUCACAGUGAGGCUUCAGUGGAAAAGAAUGCCAAAGAGAUAAAGGACUAUAUCGAAGAAAUAUAUUGGGGUUCCAAGAAACGCGUGUUGCUGCUCGGCCAUAGUAAAGGGGGAAUAGAUGCUGCGGCCGCUUUGUCCAUGUAUUGGGAUGAACUGAAAGACAAGGUUGCUGGAUUAGCGUUAGCGCAGAGCCCAUACGGUGGUAGUCCAAUCGCUUCUGAUAUACUCCGAGAAGGUCAGCUUGGCGAUUACGUCAACAUGCGUAAGCUGAUGGAGAUCCUCAUCUGUAAAGUGAUCAAGGGCGAUAUGCAGGCUCUAGAAGACUUAACUUAUGAGAAAAGGAAAGAGUUCUUGAGGAAAUAUCAAUUACCAAGGGAGCUGCCCAUCGUUUCGUUCCACACGGAGGCGCCGAUCUCUCCUGCUGUUUUGGCCACACUAUCUCGCGUUGCUCAUGCAGAACUCCCCAUGUUCUCCGGGCAACCAGCAACCCUGCCCGUGAUCAUACCUCUGGGUGCUGCAAUGGCUGCCUGUGCACAGCUGCUACAGAGUAGGUAUGGCGAGAAGAGUGAUGGGCUCGUCACUUGCCGUGAUGCAGAGGUACCUGGCUCGAUUGUGGUCAGGCCAAAGCGCAAGCUGGACCACGCUUGGAUGGUUUAUUCGUCGUUGAACGACGAUCCGUCAGAAGCAGACGCUUCUCAAGUGUGUGAAGCCCUCCUCCGCAUGCUCGUGGAGGAUGGGAAUAAAGAGAAAGACGAAUUUGCCAAGAAGCAAGAAUGAGUUGGCUUCAGUUUACGAAUUUUUGCUUCCCUUUUUGUACAAUAUUAGGUGAUUACAGCCAAUGUUAAUUCUUUUUCUUUUCUCGUUUUAAAAUGGCUAUGUUCAACUGAUUAUAAAUUCGAGCAUGGCUCACAUUUAGUGAAAGUACAUAUGCUAACAAGAUUUAUAGUGUA